ACUUCGUCUAAUCUGCCACGAUUAUCCGAUCAAAUCAACUUUGGGAGGUAGGUCUAUCUAAUAUUAUUCAAAUAUUGAAAAUGCUAACACCCGUGAUGACACUGGCCCGGGAUAGCAUGAAUGUUUAAACAGAAGUCACGUGACAUUAUAUGUUCACCAAGAUGGCGGGUUUUUUCCUCCAGUUUCAGUCACCGAGUUCGUCACCUCUCACAAAUCUUCCGGUUCCCAAAGCUACCUUUGCAUCCCCUCACCCUUCUUCACUCUUCCCUGAAAUCACAAGAUGCAGAACCCUGACAGACCUGAAGCAAGUCCACGCUGCCAUGAUCAAAACCGCGCGCAUUCACGAUCCUCUCGCAGCAGCCGAGCUGCUUCGCUUCUGCGCGCUUUCCGAUCACCGGGACCUCGAUUACGCCUGUAUGCUUUUCCAUUGCAUGCAAGAACCCAACUGCUUCUCUUACAACACCAUUAUCAGAUCCCUCUCCGAGAGCGAGGCGCCAUUUGAGUCCUUAAUCUUGUUUUCCCAAAUGUUCCGCGAUGAGUUCGUGGUACCCAAUCGCUUUACCGUCCCUUCUGUGCUAAAAGCGUGUGCUCGAGAGGGGAGGCUCCGAGAAGGGAAGCAGGUUCAUGGGUCGGUCUUGAAGUUUGGAUUUGCUAAUGAUGAGUUUGUUGUUAGUAAUCUUCUUCGGAUGUAUGUAAUGUGUGGGGUCAUGAAGGAUGCUCAUGUGCUGUUCUGUAGGAGAAUUAAUUGUGCGGAGAAUGAUAUUGAUGUGAUGAAGGAUAAGAGAAGGCAAGAGGGGGAUGUGGUUUUGUGGAAUGUGAUGAUUGAUGGGCAUGUGAGACUUGGAGACUUAAGUAAUGCAAGGGAGUUGUUUGAGAAAAUGCCUCAAAGAAGCGUGGUAUCGUGGAACGGUAUUAUAUCCGGGUAUGCACAAAAUGGGUUCUUCAAGGAGGCGAUAGAGGUGUUCCGUGAGAUGCAGAUGGCAGAUGUGAGCCCCAAUUAUGUGACCCUGGUUAGCAUUUUACCUGGAAUCUCACGACUCGGGGCUCUUGAUUUGGGCAAAUGGGUUCAUUUGUACGCUGAAAAAAACAAGAUUGAGAUCGACGAUGUACUCGGUUCUGCAUUGGUUGAUAUGUAUUGUAAGUGUGGGAGCGUCGAGAAGGCACUACAAGUUUUUGAGAUGCUACCCAAAAGGAAUGCAAUCACUUGGGGUGCUAUUAUAAGCGGGCUUGCUAUGCAUGGUCGAGCAAAGGACGCACUUGAUCAUUUCUCAAAGAUGGAACAAGCACGAGUAAUGCCCAGUGAUGUCACAUUUCUCGGCGUCUUGAGUGCCUGUAGUCAUGCAGGCUUAGUAGAUGAGGGUAGAUCAUACUUCAACCACAUGGUUCGGGUAGUUGGCUUGCGGCCUAGAAUUGAACAUUAUGGGUGCAUGGUUGAUCUAUUAGGCCGCGCUGGACUUCUGGAUGAAGCUGAAGAGCUUAUUCUGAACAUGCCAUUCAAAGCGGAUGAUGUGAUAUGGAAGGCAUUGCUUGGGGCUUGUAAGAUGCAUGGGAACUUAGAGAUGGGUAAACGCGCUGCAGAAGCUCUAAUGAAGAUGGCACCUAAUGAUAGUGGGUCUUAUGUAGCUUUGUCAAACAUGUAUGCCUCUUCAGGAAAUUGGGAGGGAGUUGCCGAGGUGAGGUUGUUGAUGAAGGAGAUGGACAUAAAGAAAGAUCCAGGGUGUAGUUGGAUUGAGCUUGAUGGGGUGAUCCAUGAAUUCCUUGUGGAAGACGCUUUCCAUCCAAGAUCCAAGGAGAUACAUUCAAUGUUAGAGGAGAUCUCCAACCAAUUGAGAUUGGCAGGCCACAGACAGGACACCACACAGGUCCUGCUCAACAUGGAUGAACAUUACAAAGCGGACGCCCUAUAUUAUCAUAGUGAGAAGAUUGCAAUUGCCUUCGGCUUGAUCAGUACAAGCCCCCAUACGCCACUCCGGAUAGUUAAGAACCUUCGCAUUUGCGAUGAUUGUCACUCGUCCAUAAAACUAAUCUCAAAUAUCUAUAAACGUAAGAUAGUUGUGCGGGACCGAAAACGGUUUCACCAUUUUCAAGAUGGAUACUGCUCUUGUCUGGACUACUGGUAAUUUCUUUUCAUAGGUAUGCUUGCAUUCUGUCAAAUGCAAUUGCAUUUAGUGAUGGAAUCAACACUAAAGAAUAUGCUAGUCAUUGUAAUUACAUUUCAAUUUUUUGUUUGCUCAUCAUCCACGUCAUGUAUGUUUGGCUCCCAUGAAACUCUAAUUAUGUUUAAGGUAUGAGAUUAUGUUUUAUUUGUAAUGCAA